AUGACUAUUCGAGAUUCAAGUGAAGAUGAUGAAGAAGAGAGAUCGAAAAAUAAGGGAGAAAGAAAAAUUGUCGAAGAGGAAGAAAAGAUUUUAGAUUUAGAUUUUGAUAAUGAAGAUUGGGUAGAUUGGCCAGUAUUUGAUUUAGGUGAUGAUAGAAUAGAAGGAAGUAGUAAAGGUAGAAGGUUUUAA